AUGUCUGAUAGAGAGCGUUACUUUCUCCGCAACUGGGCAGAAGUCAUCAAACAAUGCGAAAAUUCCCUAGAGCCAGCCGACCUUGAGCAAGUGCGACUCAUCACUUCGUGGGAUGUGCUGCAGAAAGCGCUGUUUGACCCAGUGGGCACAGGGGCCGGCAAACAUGAAGGGAUUCCAUACAAGAUAUCCUUACUGGAACCAACACUCGGCCACUAUCACCGUUUCACCUACAUAUUUGAGUCGCAGUUGGCCCCCGGCCUCCAGGCCAACUUCUUCUGGGGCAUCAUUGGCAUACUGAUACAGGUGAGAUUACAAGCCCUCCCCAAGAUCCCACGAAUGCUCAAGUCGCUUGGCUAUAAAGUAGAGGCUUUCAAGCAGCACUACUUUGCGUCAACUCAGGAGAAUGCGGAUCAAAUGAAGGAAGCGUGUUUUGACAUGCAGGUUCAGCUCGUUCAAUUUUUCACAACCGCGGUCAAGUCUAUGCGUGGCGAGGAAGACGAGAUACAGCACUACAAGCGAGCCGGACAAGAUCAUCGCCACGAACAGGAGGAUCCAUGGUCGUGGCUUCAACGUGAGUUUAUCAACACAAACCAGGCGCUCUCGGAAACUCUAUCGCGGGUUGAGAAUCUAGUUACUGCACGUUCUCCUCCGCUAUGCCAAGCCAGUUCCUUAGACGUUGCUACAAUCACACAGCAAGCAUCGUUGAUGAAAAUGCCAACCAAAAUAUACCCAAGCUUCUUUGGUAGAGAGAGCACAUUUGAGAAGAUAGACCAGAUCCUCGGCCAGGACGAAUCAACAGCAACUUUCCGAUCUAUAGCGCUGUUUGGUCUUGGUGCAAGUCAUGGGAAGGCUAUUAUUACUACCCGCAAUCACAACUUGGUGUAUAAAUUUGCCACUUCUGGCUUGGAAAUAGCUUCAUGGGAUGCAAAGACCGGUUCCGAGUUUCUCUUAUUCUUGUUGAAAGACAACAUAGGUCGCGACAUCCAAGCAGAAGGACUCUCGGCAUUCGAACUUGCCGAAAAACUCAGUGGCCAUGCGUUGGGUAUCUCUCACAUGGCUGGUCUGAUUCAACAAAGGUCCUGGUCCAUCACCGAAUUCAUGCGCAUCUAUUUAAAAGAUCCAAGAAGGCUUCAUAAAUCUGAGUUACAGGCAGUGUGGGAUGUAUCCUUUGUUGCAUCAUUCUUGGUCUCGGAUAACAUGGCGCAGGAGCUAUUUGAAAACAGGCAAGGCCACUAUCUCCCAGAUGACCUUGAGUUUUUCCUUGAUGAUUUGAAAUUUUCUGAAGCAAUGGAACCUCUCUUGACCCUUGCGUUGGUAAAACGGGAUAAAGAUGCUCGUACCUUCUCGUGCCAUCGUAUGGUGCAGACGCAAUUCCGGUCUUUCCUAUCCCCAGAGGAGCGACAACAGGCAUUCGACAAUACAGUGGUGCUAGUAUACAAUGCCUUUCCCAAACAGUCAGACGCGACGAACAAGAAUCAAUUCUAUCAUCAGUGGACUCAGUGCAAUCGUUGCUUACAACACGUCCUCUGUUUGAAAGACAAUUUCAAGGAGGGGCGCAAACACUCGAAGAAAUUCAGAGCGUCAUCUCUGUUCUGUGAGCUUUUGAAAGAUUGUCAGAGGUAUCUCUACGAGAUCAAUGCAUUCAGAGAGCUCGUGGACGUCUGCGAAUUGAAUCUCCUAGCCGUGGACACACUCGAUGACCAGAAACACGCCAUCGAUAUCAAGGCCUCGACACUAUCCCAUCAAGCCAGCAUGUACGAAAGCAUCGGCAAGGUCGAAGAAGCCAUUGAACUAAACACCAAGGGCUACAAGAUGCGCCUAGAAGAAGAGCCUCGCAAGGGCGGCCUCCUCGGCGGUUUCGAGCAGAACCUCGGAUACAACUACAACACUGCCAACCAGCAUGAAACAGCGCUCAUGUGGUUUGAAAAGUCGCGCGUUACCUGGACCGCGUGGAAUGUAAAGGAAGGCAGGGAAGGGGACUGGCCCACGGUCACAAAGAAGAAUACCGCGAGGUGUCUUGUGUAUCUGGAGAGGUACGAUGAGGCGAAGUCCUUGCUCGACGUUUCAAUCAGAGAGUUUAAGCAGGAGAAACCUCUAAACUGGGCAAUGCUGGCUUACACAUACUUUGUCCAAGGUAUCCUUGAACGACGUAGGAACAGGCCAGAAUCUGCCGAGGCAAGUUUCAUGGAAGCGCAGAAUAUGUGGUUCAAAGGUGAUCAGACGCGCUCUCACCCGUUCAAUGCAGGAUGCAUUUACAAGACGGGCGUGGUUUGCCUAGAUCAGGGCAAGGUGGAGGCUGCCAUUAAACAUCUCCGUGACGCCCUCGAGAUCACAAAAUUCCAUGCCGACACCAUGCCCGUUGAGCACGCGCGCGGCCUGUUCAAACUCUCCGAGGCUCUAGUCCAGAACUCGUCUACAAAUGAGGACGAGAAAGAUGACAGUGAGGAAGAAGCACAAGAUUUGAGAGACGAGGCCGAAAUAUAUUUGCUCAGGAGGGAUAAAAGUGCGACGCAAUUUGGGAACGAAGACACCUAUGAUAGAUGGGUGCCGAUUUUUUGGCGGUAG